AUGGCGAUGUCAGGGAGAGUUUACAGUUGGUACUCCGCCCUUUUGGCGGCAAUGUGUAUGGUGCUCUACGGCUUUGACGCCUCCGUGUUCAAUUCCGUGCAGGCAUCAGACAAUUGGCUGGCUUACUUCGAUCUCGAUAAGGACGAAGACACGCAGCUCAUUGGACUCAUCAAUACGGCAUACACUAUUGGAGCUAUCGUAGCUGGUUUCUUCAUUGGCGGGCCUCUGGCUGACUUUGCUGGACGCCGGGUUGGAAUGGGUGCCGGCUGCCUCGUCACCAUCAUCGCCGCGUUUAUGCAAGCUUUUGCGCCACGACAUAACCUUGGAGUCUUCAUCGCUGGACGUGUCAUCAUUGGUCUUGGGCAGGGGAUGGCCUUGACGGCUGGUCCCGUGUACAUCAACGAGAUUACUCCGGCUGAGAUCAGAGGUGUUGUCAUGACAUUUUGGCAGCUGAACUUCAGCGUCGGAUCGUUCAUUGCAUACUGGAUCAAUUACGCAUGCUCUCUCCGCAGGGAGGAACUUGGAGACUGGGAUUGGCGAAUGGUCGUCCUCUUCCAGAUUCUUGUCCCGACUAUUGUUUGCACCCUUCUGUGGACAAUCCCUGAGUCCCCCAGAUGGUACAUCCAGAAGAAUAAGCCCGAGAAAGCCCACAAGGCCAUCUGCUCUCUCCGAAACAGCCAAGAAGAAGCCGAGCAGGAGCUCCUCACUAUCAGAGAGGCUAUUGAAUACGAGAAGGAGGCUAUCAGCACGAACUACACCGCCCUCUUCAAGGACCCUUCCGUCCGAAAACGCCUGUUCUUGACUAUGAUCCUCAACGUUGGACAGCAACUUACAGGCCAAGGCACCCUCAACAACUACUCUACCGCAAUCUACCGGAAGGUUUGGCCCGAUACCAGAACAAUCAACCUCAUUAACGCACUCAAUGGAACUUUCGGUAUCCUAUUCACACUUAAUGCGAUGUGGACUGCAGAUCGGUACGGCCGCCGAUGGCUGUUCAUGGUUGGUGCCGUCGGUAUGGGUCUGUGCAUGCUCCUGGUCCCAGUUGUCAGCUUGGCUACCCCAGAACUUGAGGGAGGUGUCAAGUCGCAAUCAGUCGGCAUUGCAAUUGUAUUCCUCCUUUUCUUGUUUGCAUUCUUCUACAAGCCCAGUUGGGGUGCAACUGUCUGGAUCUACACUGCCGAGGUCUUCUCCAUGAACAUCAGAGCUCAAGCUGUCGGAAUGUGCUCUCAGUCCCAAAACGUCGCCAACACAAUUUUCCAACAAUUCUUCCCCACAUUUCUGAAGAACACCGGACUCAAGUGUCUCUUCUUCUUCAUGGCGGUUAACUUCUUGCUGGUCGCAUACGUCUGGUUCUUCAUCCCUGAAACCAAGAAGGUGCCCUUGGAAGAGAUCGACGUUCUUUUCGGUGGCGCCAACCAUGUUGAGAAGGGUAGCCAGCUGGUCAGCCUCGGUCCCGAGACAACAACCAAGGAUGCCGCUAUUGGAGAGCAAACUUUAGGGAAGAAGCAGGACGGUGAAACCCGGCAAGUCUAG